AUGGCGUCCGGGGAGGACUUCCGGUCCCGCGGCGGGCGCGUUUCGCAGGGGGUGGUGUGCGGGGCGGGCGGCGCGCGCGGUGCGAGGGGUUGUGGACUGCGGGGGGCGGCGUGGGCGUGGCGGGCGCGCGAGCGGCAGGGCGCCUCGGGGGCGCGAGCAGCAGCGGGGUGGCGCGCGAGGGAGGGGCGGGUGGUGAUGGCGUCCGGGGGCGACUUCCGGUCGCGCGUGUUGCCAGGGGUUGUGGGCUACGCGGUGUGGCGCGCGGCAGGGGGGCGGUGCGUGGAGGGCGGGCGCGGGAGCGGCGGGGGGGCGGUGCGCGGAGGAGGGGCGCGCGGCGAGGGGGCGGGAGCGGCGCGUGGAGGGCCGGCGCGCGGCGAGGGCGGCAGGGGGGCGGCGCGUGGAGGGCGGGCGCGGCAGGAUGGGCGCGCGACCGGUGGCGCGUGCAGGGGGCGGGAGCGGCAGGGGGGCAGUGUGCGCGGGGUGGGGGCUGUAGGGUGUGGCGGGAGGGGAGUGCUGCUCGGGUCGGGGACGGUGGGCGUGGCAGGGGGUGGGAUAGGUGUGUGCCUGGUGAUUCAGUUUUAA